AUGGUAAAAAGAAAUUAGAUUUGAUUUGGGUUUGUUAUUGUUAGGGCUUUUUGGUGUUUGGGUGUAGGAAUCUUUGAUCAAGAAAGUUCAUUUCACUGUUUUGGCAUGUAAAGCUUUGGCUUUGUUUGAAGCUAUUUUUGUUAUAUCACAAAAGUAAAUAGAAAAUUAUAUAGUCUAGUACAGUUAGCAAUUGGAAAUUGGAAUCAUGUUGUUGAUAACAAAGGUCAAAACUAAUAAUAACUUUGAUAAAGAUUCACAACAUUCAUUGUUGAACUUGAUCAUCACCGAUUCACCGAUAUUAGCAAAACCAUCUAAGCUUCCGGGCUCAUAUUUAUUUGAAUGAAGUGCUUCACAUUCAUCGCGAUGUGAAUCAUCCUCUUCUUGUUGUAAAGUCACUAAAGUUGAAGGUUGUGGAAACCUUGCCGUUGUUUGUUGCCUACAUCAAGCCAUGUCAAGUCAUCAGUGUGUCAGUUGUGACGUCAAGUCAGUUUGCAAGAGGGAGUGAGGGACUCUGCAUCCGAGGCAACAGUUGGCAAGAGAGACACAUUACAAUUGAAAUGCGAAAUUUCCGUAGAACGAUAGUAGUAAGCCGGGGUUGACUUUUUCCGUGUGUACGUUGACCUGGCUCCAAAGGAUCUCUUAAAUCAAUGUUAUGAAUGGGCAAAGAUGGAAAUCUACACCGGAUUGUCUUCAACCAUCUGGUAAAAAGCAGCUGAAUAGCAUCGAUCCAUCGGGAGCCAUGUCAUCACAAAAUUAUCCCUUAGUUUCUAGGUCUUCGAGUAACCAAACGCCUAAUUUUGUAAAUUCACAAUCAACGACGGUAGUUAGUUUGACGGGUCAAAACAAUGCUAUGCCGUGGGGUCCAGCAUCGCUUGAAGAUCUUCUUGAGUUUACCGAAAACGUCUGUGUCGGGAAUUAUCAGAUCGAGGCUCAAAAUGGUUUGAUGCCAGCUGACGAUCAUGUGAGGGGACCGGCAACUGAUUGGCAGAAAUGGGGGGUUGACUUUAUGAGCGUUGAGGAUAAUAUUGACUCGAAUUGGAGUGAAAUUUUGGCUGAUGUUGAUGCUCCAACUUUAGAAGCAAAGCAAACGCAAUCUAUUCCGCAACCUCCUGUACUAAAUAUAGAAGUAUGUCCAGUCAGCAGCCCGUCAUCUACCGGGCCCGGUGUCAAACCGCGCAUGCGUUGGACACCAGAACUCCAUGAAUCCUUCGUUGAAGCAGUCAACAAGCUGGGUGGCAGUGAACGAGCUACACCAAAAGGUGUUUUGAAGCUCAUGAAUGUUGAAGGUUUGACUAUUUAUCAUGUGAAAAGUCAUCUACAGAAAUAUAGAACAGCCAGGUACAAGCCAGAAUUAUCUGAAGGAACGUCAGAGAAGAAACCUUCUAUUGAUGAUAUAGUAUCUAUGGAUAUUAAAAACAAGAGUUUAGGUUUAGGGAUCACUGAUGCAUUAAAAUUGCAAAUGGAAGUACAAAAGCAACUUCAUGAACAGCUUGAGAUCCAAAGAAAUUUACAGUUACGAAUAGAAGAACAAGGGAAAACCCUUCAAAUGAUGUUUGAGCAACAAAAAAAGAUGGAAAGCGAAAGGUUAAAACCAUCAUCCUCUAAUCCCAAUGACGAUCCCGCCCCUCCAUCAAACACAACCGAAAAGUCAAAACCUGUGGAGCAUGAUGAUGAUCAAUGCAUAUCAGAUAAAGAAACCAAAAGGUCAGCAGACCAUAAUAGUCAAAAGUCAAAGUCAACAUCUCAAACAGAAGCAAAUAUCGACGGUGGAUGUAGUCCACGCCCUUCGAAGCGUGCAAGAUCUGAUCAAGCAUCCAUGUCUUGAUUUGUAAAAUGAUUAAUGUUGGAUAUUGUUUGAUCGGUUUCUGUUCUUACUGCUGAAAGUUUUUAAGAUUUUAGGGCUUUCACGUUUGGAGAUGGAUUCUGGAUCUUGCAAGUGAUGUUAGGUCUUUUGUUUAGUAGAAAUAAUGUAUGUCCGUAAUGAACAAGUUCGUGUUCAUGAAAGUUAUUUAUGUUUUUCUCUCCUACGUGGUGUCUGGAUCUACGUUUUGAAAAUGAUUAUCUUAUUAUGAACU